GAAAGAAGUCGGGUGUUUCUUAAGACGAACGCCAUUUCCAGCCAAUCACAUUACAGAGCUGAGCAGAAUUCCAGCCAAUAAUAUAAAAGAAGGCGGGAGUUUGUGUUCACUUGAGUUACAGUGUUGAUGGUGAGAGAUGAGAUGGAUGAGAUGUGCUGUAAAUCAGUAGGAACUGAUCUGUCCAUGCUGGAUAUUGAUGAUUUCAUCACAGAAAUCUCUCAGCUGAAGAAAAAGGUGGCUUUACUGGAGACAAAGCUGAGGUCAAGAGGAGAUGAAGAACUGAAGAGAGAGGAUGUGGAUGUGGUUUGUUGUGAAUCUUCCACACAGAACUCCGAGCUCAGUCUGACUUUACUCGGUUAUACUGAGUCAAAGGCCACAGACGCUCAGGACACUACAGUGUGUGACAGUAAUGAGGGUUUACAGGAGGAUCAAACCUCCACAGAGUCUCUGGAUUCUCUCUAUAACGUUGGAGAACAGCAGCAGAUCCUGCAGACCAAACUCAAGAUGUGUUCAGUUAAACUCAUCGACUGCAGGAACCUCGUGAUGGAGAUGAGAGGAGAAACCACUGAUGAGGAACAUAACACUGAUGAAGACAAUCAUGACGAUGAGGAUUUUAUUCCAUCAGAUGAAAAGAGUGAUUUAUGUUGUGACGAAGAAACGCCAUCAACAUCAAAAGAGCGACCGACAGCACAAACUCUUUCCUGCAUCACCUGUGGAAAGACAUUCAGCUCACAGAGAAAUUUAGAGACACAUGAGAGAAAACACACAGAACAGAAACUCUUCACCUCCACCAGAUCUAAAAUCAGCUUUACUACCUUACAAGAGAAGAACGUUUAUUCAGAAGAGCACAGAGAGAAGAAGAAGCAGUUUCACUGUGAUGAGUGUGGGAUGAUUUGUGUCUCUUCCUAUAAACUAAAUGUUCACAUGAGGACACACAGUGGUGAAAAACCUUACUACUGCACUGAAUGUGGAAAUCACUUCUGCACCAAACAAGGUCUUAAUGUUCAUCAGAGAAUUCACACAGGAGAGAAACCAUACGAGUGUCCUCACUGUGAGAAGAGAUUCAGCCGGACACAUCAUCUGAAGGCACAUGUGCUUUUACACACCAAUGAGAAACCGUAUCAGUGCGGUCAAUGUGAAAAAACCUUUAGGCACUCAAGUUCAUUAAAAUUACACCAAAAUAUUCACUCUGGAGAGAAACAUCAUCAAUGUUCACACUGUGAUAAACGUUUUGGUCGUAAAUCUCAUCUGAAAGUCCAUGAGAGAGUUCACAUUGGAGUAAAACCUUAUUACUGUAGUGUUUGUGGGAGGAGUUUCAGUCAACAUAGAGAUGUAGUGAGACACCAGAGAACUCAUACAGGGGAAAAACCUUACAAUUGCUCUCAGUGUGAAAAGACGUUUGCUCAAUCAGAUUUCUUAAAAGUCCAUGAGAGAGUUCACACUGGAGUAAAACCUUAUUACUGUAGUGUUUGUGGGAAGAGUUUCAGUCGACGUGAUCAUUUGGUGAGACACCAGAGAACUCAUACAGGUGAAAAACCUUACACAUGCUCCCAAUGUGAGAAGACAUUUGCUCAGUUAGGUAUGUUUCCUUGGUCAGUCUUUGUUGGUUUCUGUGUCCUGUUCUGUUUCUGGAUUACCUUGUUUCAUGGUUUUGUUUAAUAAAAGCUGCAUUGAGAUCCUCUGCCUGCCUACCUACCAACGUUACACUUAUAUUCUUGUGGAAUCAAUUUUCUGUUAUAUAUGCAGAAGUAGUCAUCAGAUUGAAUCGGUCAGAGAGUCUUCAACUUCAGGUCUUAUGGUUUUCUUC